AACAAUUUGGUAUCUUGUUUGAUAUUUGCAAAUGAUAAGUUAUUAUACCUCGUUCAUUAACUAUUGUUUUGAUUUGUGCCGAUGAGUACCGCCGCACACUCGCGAUGGGCUAAUCCAAUUAAUAAUUCAUUCGCCAUCAUCAUCAUCAUCAUCAUCGUCGUCGUAAUAACAAAUUGCCAAGUUUGCAGUGAUAACGAAUCCUAUUUGCCGAACAUUGAUAUCGAAUUAAUAGCAUUGGUUCUGUCGCACGCAUACUAAUAGACGUAUGCUCAUUGCCCAUCGCUCGCAAUUGCAAUGCAACUUAAAACAGAUUAUCGCCUAGAGAAAAAACAACAACAACAAAAAAACUCAUUUGAAAAUGUAUCGUUCAGUCGUUGGAAUGACGCAAAUUCGCGCAUAUUUUCCAUUCCAUGUUGCGGACGUGAAGUACGGCAAUAGUAAUAUUGAAUCGUUUUAAUGAAAUCGAUACGAAAAUUCAAUAAUGAAUGGAAAUUGUGUGCUCAGCUGCUGCUGCUGCUGCUGCUGCACUCCAACCAAUAAAAUAAGCAAAUGCAGUGAAAAAUGUGCAUAUGAAAUUCACGGCUACCCGUCAAUAUUUUCAAUGCGCGCGUGACAUAGACUUUGACAUACAUGACAAAUAUAAACGUCGUUGUCGUCGUCAUCGAAACAUAUGAGCUUAGCUCGCGCAGAGACAUAAUCAAAAUUUGUUGUUUAGUUGGCAAAACAACGUAUCAUUGUCGAACAGUGUUCAUUCGAAUCGUAUAAUAAGGCAAAAUUCCAAGUUUAUCAACAACCAAAAAAACAUUCGUGCUUUAUUUGGAUUUUUUUUCUUCUUUCUUCUACUUUCAAUAAAAUACAAGUUUGGUUAGUUACGGAAAUAUUGCGUGUGUUCCAGAGAAAAAAAAUAAAACAAUAGAAAAAAAAACAAUCAGCUGAAAACAUGACAGAUACAAACAUCGACACCGAUGAAAACAAUCUACAAAGUUUGAGCACUGGUGACUGUGUCGUCAAUGAAAUCGAUUCGGAUUUUUGGGUUUUCGGUUACGGGUCAUUAGUGUGGAAAGUGGAUUUCCCCAUUGAAACACAACAAAUUGGCUACAUCAAGGGAUUCCAACGGCGAUUCUAUCAGAAUAGCAUUGAUCAUCGUGGCACUGUUGAAAAGCCAGGUCGUGUUGUGACGCUUGUGCCAGCGGAUGACGAAACCAGUGUGGUUUAUGGAGUGGCAUACAAAAUACCCAAAGCCAAACAACAAGAGGUUCUAGAGCAUUUGGACUAUCGGGAAAAAAACGGGUAUGAGCGUUGCUUGGUGCCAUUCUAUUCACUGAAUGCAAACAAAGCUGGCGAAUCGAUUAGAAAUAUUGUGAUUUAUGUCGCUACAAAAGAAAAUGACUCUUAUGCCGGUCAUAAAAAUGAUCUAAAUGACAUUGCCAAUCAGAUUUUCGAGGCGCAUGGGCCGAGCGGUCCGAAUCGCGAAUACGUUUUCCGUUUGGCCGACGCAAUGCGACAAUUUUUUCCCCAUCACAACGAUGACCACUUGUUUGAACUGGAAAAGUUGCUGAAGGAACGAGAACGAAAGUCAUUCAACGGUUAGCUUAGAGUUUUUAUAAAAAGUAAAAUUGAUUUAAUGUUUGGUGUGUUACUCUCCGAUUCGGCUUGUUUACAAUAAAAUUGAUUUUUCUAAGAGAAUCGUAAAUUAAA